AUGACAACAUGCACCAUGCUGUUGGGACUGGCCAUAGCGCCCCUGGGAUGGGUCCUGAUGCUGGCCGCCACUGUAACCCCACAAUGGCAAGAGUUCCAUGAGAGACCUGGAUACCCUCAAGAUGUCUCCUUCAGUGAUGGCCUUUGGGAGAGCUGCGUGGAGGUGACCAGCAUACAAGGCAAGGUAUGCCAACCUCUUCCGGAAGAGAUGGCCGUCUCCUGGCCCAUUCUGCUGGUGAGGGCCCUGACUGUCUCUGCUUUGCUUGUUGGCUUCUUGAGCUAUGGUCUUGCCAAUGCUGGGGUCCGUUGGUGGACUGAACAUUCAAACAACUGCCUUGAGGGAGUCUCUGGGCUCUUGUACCUGCUGUCUGGACUUGUGUAUCUCUGUGCUACCUCCUACAUGGCAUACAGAAUCAUAGCUAACAUUACCAACUUGCAGGUUCCAGAAGAGGACAAGUACCAUCUUGGAACAUGCUUCUACUUAGGUUGGAGUGGAGGGGCAGCAGAGACAUUUGCUGGGGUCUGUCUGGCUACCAGUUUCCAAAGAGUGAACUACAAUUGUUUAAGGAAUCUAUCUCUACCCUAUGAUGUGGAUUAUUAA